GGUUGAAUCAGCUUCGCAACCCAGGGUGUCGGCGUUAGCAUGAAUAUAUGAUAGGCCGAUAGGUUUUAUGGUCUGUGCUAUUCCAUAGAUUGGUUCGCACCGUUUUUUAGUCUGUUCAUGGGAGGUCAACUUUCCCCCCUCUAUCGGUAAGGCCGUCCUUCAAACGCCCAUCUCCUUCUAUAAUGCGGGCGCCAGCCUUUCCAGUCGGCCAGGAAUGAGACAAGCGAACUUUCCUCCCAAUUCUGUGUCGACAAAUAUCCUACAUGCUACGUCAAUGAUUGUUGUCAAGUGUCUAUAUCCGCUUUAAUCAUGGCGUCCAGUACAUCAGUAGCGGCGACUACAGCGAGCGUUGUCAAUACCUAUACGAUAACAACAUUAGCUAUGUCAACGGUGUAUACGCCACCAGCCGGCUGUUCCAACUCUUUCACUUAUGAAGAUCAACUUGCAAACAACGUGAAAAACGGCCUCCUAAUCCAAAAUGAUGCAGCUCCUAUGGCUUCUUGUUUUCCAUCGGGAUUCACCCAUACGGGGAGAAUCAUCGAGACAGAUCUCGUCUAUAGCCCGGGAUGGUGUCCAGUCGGAUACACGUCGGCUAAUAUGAUUAUCUCCCAGGCUAUUACUACUGCAAUAUGCUGCUAUUCGAGCUUCACCUACUACACUGAGCUAGUCUACCAGGCAGACGGAUCCUGGACAUAUGCCGGCUGUCUUAGCAAUUUACCCUCAUCCAGUUCCAUCAUAGUCACAGACCGUGAAAGCGAUAUAAGCACACAGAUCACUGGGCCAGUAACCAUGUGGGCGCAGCCGAUAAAAAUCGAACUCCAGGCUUCAGAUUCGAGUCUCUUCGUUUCCGCAUCGACAAUAUCUACGACCACUGCCGCAGUCAACACCACGAUCGCUGAUCCCGCUUCAUCUAACACUGCAACAACCUCUGCGCCCGCAACAAGUUCUGUUGCCUCCUCUGGAAGCGACAAUGGGAUAUCCAGCGGCGCUGCAAUUGGCGUUGGUAUCGGUGCAGGUGUCGCUGCCGCGCUUAUCCUUGCCGGUGUCUGUUAUUUGAUCCUAUGGCAUCGGAGAGCACGGAAAUCACCCAUUGUCAGUGGUCAGUAUCCAUAUUACUAUGGCGGUGAAGCUGUAGGUGGGAAAGUGAUCGCUCAUAUGGUCCCGUCUGAAUUGGCCGGGUCGUCUAAUGGCAGGACUAGCGACAAUGCUCAUGAACUUUAUGCUUAGAUGCUGAUGAAUCGGGAAAGACCUAAUAUGCCAUCUUAUUCAUUGGGCGCAAUACUGAUGUAUAUCUUGCUAAGAUUUCCAGUAUAUAUACUAUAUUCCUAAACGUGUCAUCUUUAAUGUUAUAGGCUAGCUAUAGAUACAACUACAUCAUGAAUCGACAGGCUUGUGCUAACACGCCGGAUUGGAGAGGGACCUGCAAUUGGAAAAC